AAUAAAUUUGAUUUACACUGAAUAUUUGUACGUUCUGCUCUAAUUGGCUUAUUUUAUAUUGUUAAAUUAUAAAUUCUGGAUAUUGCAGCUUACUAGUUAAUUUCCAUCAAAAGCUCCAAUCCAUCAUGUCAAACUCAAAAUCAAGUUGCGGGUGUAUAUCAUGGCUUGCAGAUAUAUACCGUAAAAUCUAUGAUUUGUUCCAUGAAAUUGAUGCCAUAAUGACCAAGAAUGCUGCAGGAAAACAUGAGGAGACAGAAAGCAAGAAUAAAUACAGGAACUUAUUAGAUAUUGCCAUGAAGAAUUUACCCCUCUUUGAUGAUGACAUUAAAGAGGAUACAUCUUCUGUUUCAUAUAGGAGAAGAUAUGGAAUAUAUGAAAAUGCUUUGAGAAUGCAAUACAGAGGACAGUGGAAGAAAAUGAAGAGUUAGAAAAGCAGUAUCGCAACAACGUCCACCUCGGUGGAGAUUUCAGUCAUCUCAGCCUGAGUGCUCAGGAUGUCUUAAUCAAGUACACAACAGUGGAGUAUGUAGAAGACAUGGACUGGGAGAUCAUAAACUUAAAUGUGGAAGGAAACUUUUGACUGAUAUCUUAUAAAAUUUCAACUUCAGGACCAUUAAAAUUCAAAGACAAGGCUAAACUUUUUUUCAUGGUAUAUUAUGAAUCAACAGUUUAAGUA